AUGGUUAGUAAGAAAGGUGUGGCUCCAACACACCUUCUCUUUGCGGAUGAUAUUCUUGUUUUCUGCAGAGGUAUUCUUCAUAGUUUGCAAAAUUUGAAGACUAUGCUUAGUGUCUAUGAGAAGGCUUCAUGCCAGUGCGUAAAUUAUGUGAAGAGCAAAUUUUAUUACGGCGGUGGCACUUAUUCUCGGAGUAUUGCUAUUGCUAAUUAUUUGGGCAUAGAAAGAUAUUUAUUUCCGGAUAAAUAUCUGGGAAUUCAAUUGAAGCCUGGCAGGUGCGGAACAUUCAUGUCAGGCAGGUGGUUGAAAAGAUUAUGGGCAAGUUGGAUGGUUGGAAGGGUUGAGAGGGCCAUUAGGAAUUUUCUUUGGUCGGGUGAUACGGAAAAACGUAAGUUCUUUACGGUUUUGUAUGACAACCUGUGUUGUUCAAGACGUGAAGGUGGUCUAGGCCUUAGAAGAUUGGUUGAUGUUAACAAGGCUAUGCUUAUGAAGUUAUGGAUUUCAAUUCGUGAUUCGAACAAGACUUGGGCCAUAUUUUUGAGGGAGAAGUACUUCAAAUUGAAUGUUGUUUUGAUUGAUUACAAACUUGGUUCUACGGUUUUUCCUGGAAUCAGGUGGGUUUAUGAUUUUGUGCAGCAAUACACUAGGACAAUUAUAGGUGAUGACGCUAAUACUUCCUUAUUCUUUGAUAAUUGGGUUGGUGAUUUUUCGAUUGCGAAGAGAUUAGGUAUUACUUCCAAAGGCCCUAAUGACUUUAAGGCUAAGGUUAGUGAUAUCAUUGUUGAUGGUGCUUGGGAUAUUCCUCAAAGCACUCGGGAUUUGAUGGAUCGGCUCAAUAUUGAUGUUGGAAACUUUCCUAUUAUUGCUGGGGCGAUGACUAUAAGAUUUGGGAUUUAG